AUGGCAAUCAACAAGGACUCAUACACCCUACAUGCAGUCGAUCCAUACACUAAGUUCCAUGCCCUAGUGACAACUCAUACGAAGUCAGUGAACUUCGAUCUUGAAACAUUGAUUGAACAGAUUGAGCAUACCUUCAAGACAAAAGUCGAUGAGAUUCAUAUAGAUGGAGAGUCCUCACUCAAUGGGAUCAGCUUCAAAGAAUAUUUGACUGUGCCAUAUACACCAGAACAGAAUGGCCCUAGCGAGCGAGCCGGUGGAAUCAUCACUAUGAAAUCUCAAAGCCUAACCCCGAUUGAAUCACUAGGCUAUAUGACUCCAUAUGAAAAAGCCUUUGGGAAGAAACCAUAUAUCGGUAAUCUAUUUCUCUUCGGAUCUAAGGCAUACGUUAAAAUCAACACCAAGAAAAGCGACAAAAUGGCUCUGCGUGCCCAAAUUGGAUUCUUAAAAUAUGACCCUGAUCAUCCAUUUGCAAAAGAAAUUGUCAAAGAGGGUAUAACCAAAUAUGUUGGCAAUAUCGACAUACCGAACAUUGACGAAGCAGACCCCAAUAUCGUAUUCGACUCAGUUGACAAUGAUAUGAGGCUACAGCAAUUCUCUGUUAGCCUAGGAAAAACGAUGACAGGAGGUAGCACGUCACCUCAUGAGCAUGCGAAUAUUGAGCAGCCAACUCAGCCCUUGGAUAUGCCGCAGAAUAUGGAAAUCGACAGUACAUCGACCGAGUCAGUUGAACAGACUCAGAUUCCACAGGAGAUGGAAAUUGAUACUCCAACUGAGCCAGGAAAUAUAGAAAUUGACGGAAAUAGAACAAAUCAAGCGCAAGUUGAUAAUCAUGAGAAUUCCAUGAUGGAAAUUGGCUCAGCUGGGGGGGUAGAGGAUAAGAAUGAGGAUAAGAAUAAGAACGAAGUCGAUGUCAUGGAGAAGGAAGCCGAGGAUGAGGAUAUUCCCAAAUUAGAUGGAAAAACUAAUAAUCCGACCAAUCAGCCUCGCCAAUUACCAAAUCCUGAGAGAGAUUCUGCCAGUCAAAACACUUCAAAUCAGUUGGACGACAACAAUGACAACAUGAGAACAAACCAAUUAAUCACACCGCCAACUACACCGCCAAAUCAGACUACAGGACAGGAAGCUCCUCGAGCACAAGAAAUAAGCGCCGACCUGUCAGAAUCAAAUAUAGUGGCAGGAUCAAGGAUUCGAAAAGCCUCAAACCGAGCUCUGAGCCCUACCUCAAUCUCUGCAGGACCAUCAAAAACUUCAAAGAGAGAUCGAAGCCCAGAACCAAGUCCUAUAUCGAGAAAAAGGCAGAGAAAGCUUAGUCGCGCGUUUCUAGCCAGGCAGAAGCUACUCCAAGAUUCAACAACUAACAAGAUCUUCUUAGCCGCCAUGGAAAAGCUUGAAGAACCGUUUAGUGUACAGCUUCCACCAGAGCCUAAAAAUUGGAAAGGAGUUUUAAGGCACAAGUUCAAGCAUCAGUUCACCCAAGCUGCAAAGGAGGAAUUUGAAGCUCUGAAGAGAAAAGGUACAUUUGAGUUUAUUCCAAAACCUCAAGAUAAGCAGAUUUUACCACUGACAUGGGUGUUCAAAUACAAAUUUGAUAAAUACAGCAAGCUUGCGACGUUCAAAGCACGUAUUUAUAUACGUGGUGAUCUGCAACAACCAAAUGACCUUGAAAAACGAGCAGCUACACUUGCAGCACGAAACUUCAGAAUAAUGAUGGCUAUUGCAGCUAUCUUCGAUCUUGAGAUUGUUCAAUAUGAUGCCAUGAAUGCCUUCGUGAAUAGUAUCCUUGAUGAAGAAGUUUACACAUACUUUCUAGACGGAUUCAAGCAAGAUGGGCAGGUAAUAAAGUUACAACGAGCUCUAUAUGGUUUGAGAAGAAGCCCACAGUUAUGGCAGAAAGAACUUACAGCGACCCUUCUAAACCUAGGAUUUACACAGAUUCCAGACGAAGAAUGUUUAUUCAUUAAGAAUAGUGUUGUUCUGUUAUUCUAUGUUAAUGACAUUCUGCUAUUUUACGACAAGGCCACAAAGCAAGCUACUUUUAAGGAAAUCGAGAAAGGCCUUAUGAGAAAGUAUGAGCUUCGAAAAAUAAAGAAAUUUGAGUGGUUUCUCAACAUUAGGAUCACUCGCGACCGUGCUCAGAGAAAGAUUUGGCUCUGCCAGGACAGCCAGAUCAAAAAGAUGGCUAGCAAAUUCGGAAUCAACGCCACGAACAAUAUCAAGACACCCAUAUCUGGCAAUAUUAAAGCUUCAACCGAACAAGCAAUCAAUGAAGAGAUUCACGCAUAUCAAGAACUUGUGGGAUCAGCUCUUUAUGUUGCUGUAAUGACUAGGGUUGAUGUGGCCAAAGCUGUCAACGAGCUAGCUAAGCACACCAAGAAUCCUUCAAAGGCUCACUUUUAG